CCAUAUAAUAAUACCGUGACAAUUAUGAUGAAAGGGUUAGAGAUUCAGCUAGUGAAGAUCUUGACCAUCUUCACAACCUUUGAUUUGUCGCACAACUCUUUCCAAGGGGAUAUUCCGAGAGUUAUUGGACAUCUUCACUCUCUCAAUGGGCUCAACCUUUAUCAUAACUACCUUACAGGUUCCAUCCCUCCGACUCUAGGCAACUUGACUACUCUUGAAUGGAUCGAUCUUUCUUCAAACAAGCUCAGUGGGGGAAUUUCUAGAAAAUUGGGAGAUUUGGCAUCCCUUGGGUACUUAAACCUCUCGAAGAACCAACUCACUGGUCAAAUUCCUCAAGACAAGCAAUUGAGCACAUUUUCAAGUGACUCGUUUAGUGGGAAUCCGGGCUUAUGUGGACCUCCAUUGCCAAAAGCAUGCCAUGACGAUGCUCGACCUCCUCAACCAUCACCCUCGUCAACUUUCGACCGCGAAGGGCAUGAGAGUUGGUUCAAACAAAAAGUAGUAUGGAUAGGUUAUGCAUCUGGAAUCGUAAUUGGGAUUUCCAUAGCAUACAUUGUAUUUGAAAUGGGAAGGCCCAAAUGGCUCACGCGAGGUGUGAGAAUGUUGGAGAGAAGAGCAACCGAGUGGAUGGAGAAGCAAAAGUGGAAGGCCAUCAAAUUUCAUGGACAAUGAAAUUAUUUGAGGAGUUGUCUC